AUGAAGGCGUUAAUUGAAAAGUGUACAUCAGAAAAAAAUACACAAGAUAAUUGGGAUUUAAUUUUAGAAAUUUGUGAAAAAUACGCUAAACAAGAGCCAGCAAUUUGUAUUCAAACAAUAUGUAAACGAAUAUUUCAUAAAAAUCCAAAUGUAUCUAUACGAUCUAUAACAUUAUUAGAUGCAUGCAGUAAAAAUUGUGGUAAACAAUUUAAUCGAGAAUUAGCUUCAAAAGAUUUUUCACAAUUAAUCAAGAAAAAUUUUUCGAGUUUACAACGUAUUCCAUCUAUUAAAUUAAUUGAUAUCUUUGAAAAAUGGUCAAUUGAAUUUAAAAAUGAUUCAGAAUUAGCAUUAGCAGCUAGUUUUUAUAAUUGGGUUAAAACGGAAUAUCCAGAUCUUGUGAAACAAGCAAUGCAUGAAAGACAAAUAGUUAAACAUGGUCCUUCACGUCAACAUGUUGCACAAUUACAAGCUAAAGAAGAAGAAGAUCUAGCACAAGCUAUUGCUUUAUCACUGAAAGAUACUGACAGUUCAACGCCAUCUAAUCUAAACAAGCAAUCUGUUUCCACUUCAAAUGAGAAGUCUAGUUUAUAUCCUUCCUGCUCUCAACUUCCAUUUAGUUCACUUUCAACUUAUUCGACACCAGCAUCAUCAUCAAAUGCCUCUAAAACAACUGCUCCUCGCAAUUCAAAGGGACAGGUAAGAGCAUUGUACGACUUUGAAGCAGCUGAAGACAAUGAAUUAUCAUUUAAAGCUGGAGAGCUUAUCCUACUCUUAGAUGAUUCCGAUGAGAACUGGUGGCUUGGAAGCAAUAAUCAAGGUCAAGGUUUAUUUCCUGCUCAAUUUGUCAAACGUGAAACUGAACUUGAUGGAAUAAAUAAUGUCAAAUCAAGUUCAAGCGAAGUUUCUCACAAUACAGAUGUUAAAAAAAACCAAUCUACCAAAAAAAUUGUCCCCCAACUUGAUGAGAAAAAAAUCGAUGAAUGUUUACGUCUAAUUACAACUGUAGAUCCUACUGGUGAAUUUCAACAAGAUCCACCAGAAUUAAGUCAACUUGAAGCAGAAUGUAUAGCAAUGGUUCCACUUGUUGAUCCUGAAUUAAAAUUAGUUGAUAAAGAAAUUAUUAUGCUUACAGAAUUAAAUCAACGUUUAUUAGAUGCAUUUCAAUUGUAUCAUGAUAUCAUGUCACGUCAGAAUCCGUCAAAUGCUUAUUAUACUGGAAUGUCCAAUACUAUUGCUAACACCACGACUAACCCAAUAAAUCCAACAAUCUCUUAUUUACCACCAAAUACUCCAAAUAUAUAUCCAUACACCCAGCCAACAUCGUCGAUGACUAAAUCUGCAUCUGCAGUACCUAUGAAUGGAUUCACUAUGCCAACAGAUUUGAAUGGAACUGUGAUGUUCCCUCCUACUAACUCUUACCCUAUGUCAACUGGAAUUUAUGCAAAUCCACAAACAGAAAAUUUCAGUGGUAAUCUUCCUCAAAAUCUUCAUAGUGGUCAAAUAUCAUCUCAACCCUUUCCUGUACAGCAGUUUUAUGAAUCAAAUCAAAUAGUACCUCCUGAUGUUGUUACACAACAAAUGCAAUCAUAUCCAUCUAGCAGUAACAAUUAUGGAGUUCCAAUUUAUCCAAUGAAUGAUUCUCAAUCUAUGGUGUAUACAGAUCAAUCAAACAACACCCUCUCAACUCAGAGAAAACAAUAA